GCUGUUGUUUACUAAGAUUACUUCAUUUUAACUUAUGUGUAAAGUGUAGUAAUAAUAAUAAUAAUAAUAAUAACUAGCAAAGAAUUAGGAAAUUUUAUCAAGAAUUGAAAUGUCGGGAUUAAAAUUUCGAUAUUUCAACACGAAGCUAACCUUACAUUAAUUCAACAUAAUAAAGCAAUUAUGAGUAAUGAUCAAUCAGUUAGUAAGAAUACGCCAGGCAGCCCAUGGUUCAGUACGCCAGAUGCUGUGCCAGCUAAAAAUCUCAAAGAAAUAGAAUUAUCAUUAUCUUCAAUUUCGGAUUCGUCUUCACUCAAACGAAGAAGACUCCGGUUUCUCGCCUCAAAUUAUACGAAUCGUGAUCCCGGUGAGGAAAGCAAUGAAGUUAAUGGUUCUACGAUUCCAUCUCUUCAACAAGGCCUAGAACUAUUUCCAGGGGAUCAAGAGCAUGAUGAGGAGCAGAGUUCUUCUCAAGAAGUUCCUCCACUCUAUACGACUUUAUCAAGAGAAACAUCCUCUGAGAUUGAACUUAUGAGACAAAGUCAUCCGAAGAAUUAUAGUCGUGCCAAUCCUAAUACAUCAACGAGGAAAUUUUUUGCUAGAGAAGUGACUCCUGAGCCGUUAACUUCUCAAAUUAGAGAACCUCCUGAAAAGAUUCAUAAGAAAAGAUUUGCUGAAGGAUCAUUGUAUUCUUUGCAUAUGCCGCUUGGAUGGAUGGCGGUCCACGGGAUUGAUGAAGAAAUUUGGGAGGAACUCCCACAAGGGUACCCUUAGAUUAAAAAAAGUUUUGCGUUG